AUGACAGCCGCGGCUGGGGGUCUGCCCGCAACAGGCGGCGCCAAACGUAAUACAUCGUUGGAGGAGGCAGGCGGAUGGGAGUUUGGGAGCGCUGGUGGGCGUGAAAGAACCUCCACACUGGCUUUUGGGAGCGUAUUCGACUGCACCUGGCUCCCCGCAUUCAGCGCCAUAGUCGAUAUCGGCGUGGCUAACCCCACAUAUCGGUGUGGAGACGAUGGCGAGGGAAGCCUGCUUCUGCCAGAGCGGAGAGUUUUGGACGAUUCGUGCUCAGGAACCCAUUCCCGCUUCUCACCUGCCAAUUUUCUUGUUCCUCGUCAUAUCUAUCGCCACAGCCAAGCUUCUUGCGCACUCCAAACGCAAACAGAUCCGCCAAACCCUCCCAUUCUGGCUCACGCAACAACUCCGCAAAGAGGCACGACCUGACAAACACUACAUCGACUUUCGGCGUUCGCGCUGUCCUGUCUGCAGGCAGCACCACCUCCCAGACACGCAAGUAAUGCUCGCCGUUAAGGCUGGCGACCUUCUCAACGCCUCUGCUUGA